AUGUCGCGCUUCGCCCUCCGCGCGCUCUCGACAUCUGCACGCGCGCUCGAGGCCGCCGCCGAAGCCGCUCCUGUGGCUGCGGUCGAGCUCCGGCCAGAGUGGACGCCCAAGGGCAAGCCUCAACCGACCCGCCCUUCGCGCGGGACCCGCGUCGCCCUCCCGAACGGGCUGCCCGAGCCCACGAGCUACCCCCCUUCCAAGAGCUACCUUAACAAGGUGGAGGAGAUGCGCUUCAAGGGCGAGGUACCUAAGCCUCACCCGCUGUGGGCGUUCUUCCAUGUCCCGGCCGAGUCUAUGGAGGUGACUGCGGACACCAAGUUCCCACCCGACUUUGGGAGUGUGCCGCGGUUGGAGAAUGAGAAUGUGGAGCUCAAGUCGGGCCGCUCCUGGUCCGCGCCUGAACUGCGCCUCAAGUCAUUCGGGGACCUCCACACCCUGUGGUACCUGCUCCUGCGGGAGCGUAACGUGAUCGCGACCCAGAAGGCGGAGCGCAAGCGUCUUCGCGUCGCACCGCAGUACGGUGGCAAGCUGCUGAGCAUCCGGAGCUUGAGGUGCCGCAAGUCGAUGGCGCGCAUCAAGUACGUGCUCAACGAGCGGCGUCUCGGUGCUAUCGCGGCUGCCGCGCCCUCCGUGCACGCUGAGGCUACCGCGCGCGUCACUGUCCCCUUCGCGCUGAGGGGCAUCAACGACCCCGCGUCCCAGGUCGAAGCGCUUGCCGGCAGACACCCCAUCCCUGACGUGCUCUCCGCUGAAGACCGCGCCGCUCUCGCAGCCGCCAAGGACGCGCGGAACGACGCCAUCUUGGCCAGGAAGGCUGCGCUCAAGGCUGCGCGUCGGGCGGCCAAGCGGGCCGAAAAGCUAGAGCAGGAGAUGACGGACGCUGAGGUUGAGGCCCUCGUCCAGGCGGAGGAGGACGUGGCCAAGGAGGAGGCCGUCACCAAGAAGAUCGAGGACCAGGUCGCGGCCAAGGAGGCCGAGGCUUCACCAGUCAAGGAGGAGGCUGCCCCGGCCAAAGUGGAGGCUGCGCCAGCCACGAGCAAGAACUAG